GGGGGGCUGGGACUCCGGCGCGUCCGUCCGCGCGAGACGACGACCGCAGGGCCGCGCGAGGGGCGACCGGGCCGGGGCCGCUGCACGCCGAGGGCGGAGGCCGACCGGGCCCCGCCGCGCCCCCCGCUCCGCGCCGAGGGCCGGACGAUGAGUUCCCCGGGGGCCGGAUGAAAGUUUUAAACAGCGGGGAGCUGCACUUUUUUUUUUAUGACUGAAGGCUCCUGGAAGGCUGUAGGAAUUGUCCCCGAUGUCACUCGAGGGUGGGACCUGGACCUGCACCAACCAGAGUUGGAGAUUUAUGAAAAUAUGCAUCAGUUUAAUACUGUCUUGGAAUUCAUGAGAUGGAAGCAUAGGUCAAAGCUGUUUGGAGAAAAUUGGAAGUACAGUUUUAUUUAGCCACAUCUCUGAGGAGUCAAGAGAAAACAGUGGAAAUUGGAGUCAUUGUCAAGUGAUUGAGACCUUUAACAACAAAAUCUCUUUGAAUAAAAAUCAUUUAAAUUAGUAAUAUAACAAGACCAGUGAUUAGAGGUGACAGCAUACAGGAAACAUUAAAAUUGAACAAUGACUCAGCUGUAUAUUUACAUCAAAUUAUUGGGAGCCUAUCUGUUCAUCAUUUCUUAUGUUCAAGGGCAGAACCUAGACAGUAUGCUCCAUGGUACUGGGAUGAAAUCGGACUCUGACCAGAAAAAAUCGGAAAAUGGAGUAACCUUAGCACCAGAGGAUACCUUGCCUUUUUUGAAGUGCUAUUGCUCAGGACACUGCCCGGAUGAUGCUAUUAAUAACACAUGCAUAACUAAUGGGCAUUGCUUUGCCAUCAUAGAAGAAGAUGACCAGGGAGAAACCACAUUAGCUUCAGGGUGUAUGAAAUAUGAAGGAUCUGAUUUUCAGUGCAAGGAUUCACCAAAAGCCCAGCUACGCCGGACGAUAGAAUGUUGUCGGACCAAUUUAUGUAACCAGUAUUUACAACCUACACUGCCCCCUGUUGUUAUAGGUCCAUUUUUUGAUGGCAGCAUUCGAUGGCUGGUCGUGCUCAUUUCUAUGGCUGUUUGCAUAAUUGCUAUGAUCAUCUUCUCCAGCUGCUUUUGUUACAAACAUUAUUGUAAGAGCAUCUCAAGCAGACGUCGUUACAAUCGUGAUUUGGAACAAGAUGAAGCAUUUAUUCCAGUUGGAGAAUCAUUAAAAGACCUCAUUGACCAGUCACAGAGCUCUGGUAGUGGAUCCGGACUACCUUUAUUGGUUCAGCGAACUAUCGCCAAGCAGAUUCAGAUGGUUCGGCAAGUGGGGAAAGGCCGGUACGGAGAAGUGUGGAUGGGUAAAUGGCGUGGGGAGAAGGUGGCGGUCAAGGUGUUCUUCACCACGGAGGAGGCCAGCUGGUUUCGGGAGACGGAAAUCUACCAGACUGUGCUGAUGCGCCACGAGAACAUUCUUGGUUUCAUAGCAGCAGACAUUAAAGGGACAGGCUCCUGGACUCAGCUCUAUUUGAUUACUGAUUACCAUGAAAACGGAUCUCUCUAUGAUUUCCUGAAAUGCGCUACGCUGGACACCAGAGCCCUGCUCAAGUUGGCUUAUUCAGCUGCCUGUGGUCUGUGCCAUCUCCACACAGAAAUUUAUGGCACCCAAGGAAAGCCUGCAAUUGCUCAUCGAGACCUAAAAAGCAAAAACAUCCUCAUUAAGAGAAAUGGAAGUUGCUGUAUUGCUGACCUGGGUCUUGCUGUUAAAUUCAAUAGCGACACAAAUGAAGUUGACGUGCCCCUGAAUACCCGGGUGGGUACCAAACGCUAUAUGGCUCCAGAAGUGCUGGAUGAGAGCUUGAAUAAAAACCAUUUCCAGCCCUACAUAAUGGCCGACAUCUACAGCUUUGGCCUGAUCAUUUGGGAAAUGGCUCGUCGUUGUAUCACAGGAGGGAUCGUGGAAGAGUACCAGUUGCCAUAUUACAAUAUGGUGCCCAACGAUCCAUCAUACGAAGAUAUGCGUGAGGUCGUGUGUGUCAAACGUUUGCGGCCAAUUGUGUCCAAUAGAUGGAACAGCGAUGAAUGUCUCCGAGCAGUUCUGAAGCUCAUGUCGGAAUGCUGGGCGCACAACCCAGCCUCCAGACUCACGGCUCUGAGGAUCAAGAAGACCCUCGCCAAGAUGGUUGAGUCCCAGGAUGUCAAGAUUUGACGGUGAAACAGUCAUGAGGACGAACUCUGGACUGCAGGAACUGUUUUCACCCAAGGGACGGGUGGCAUUAGGCUAGAGUAAGGAUGCUGACUUGGUUCUCAGACCCUCUCCUCACUACACCUUCACAGGCUGCUAAUAUUAAACCUUUCAGUACUCUGUAGAAUACAAGCUGGGAACUUCGAAACACUUCGUUCUUUAUAUAUGGACAGCUUUAUUUUAAAUGUGGUUUUUGAUGCCUUUUUUUUUUUUAUUGGGUUUUUAUGAACUGCAUCGAGACUUCAAUCCUGAUUUAAUAAGUCUCCAGUCAGACUCUGGGUACUGAAUUCUCUGUUCAUAAAAUGGUGCUUUCUGUGAAAGCCUUACUAAGAAGAUAAAGGAAUUCAGCAGAGAUGGAGAAAUAUACACUUUUGCCUUCUACCUGAGGAAAAUUAAUCUAUUUGUAUUCCACUUUGUAAACAGCCUAUGGGUUAUGAUCUGUUUGGGACACUACUUAGUUUAGGAUAGUGUGUCAUGCUUUGAUAUUGGUGUGUGUGCAUACACACCGCACACACCAGGAUUCCUCUGCUGCCAUUUGGAUUAGAAGAAAAUAAUUUAUGAAUGCACAGGAAGAUGUUGGUGGCUGUUGGUUUUGUGCUUUAAAAAAAAAUGCAUUUUCUGACCAAGAUUCUCCAAUCACACAAAAGCCAUUUAUUUACCUUGCAAGUGAGCUAGCUUCUCUGCCAACUUUAUUUUUUAACAUAAAAGUUGAUAUAAAGGCCAAAAGUUUAAAGUGUCUAUAGAUUCGGACUAUUUUCCUUUCAUCACCAUCUUUUCCUCCCUCCCCUCCCCUCCCUCCUUCCCUCCUUCCUUUCUUCUCUUUCUUUCUUUUUGGUAAUCCUCACUUUUGUCAUGAAAAGCAUCUUAUCCAAAGUUGGAACUUCCAAUGCCAUGAAACUUCUAAAGAAAACACUUCUUAUUGAAGUGAAUUACUAAUUACUGCAUUUGAUAGCAAUGUAAGUGCCUAUAACCUUGUUCUAUAUUCUUUAUUCUCAGUAACUUUUAAAAGGGAAGUUAUUUAUAUUUUGUGUGUAAUAUGCUUUAUUUGCAAAACACCUCCUUUACGACCAUAUUUUAUAUAUGUACAUACAUUCAGACUGUAGAAACCAGCUCUCGUGUACCUCAGAUCCCAUCCUUAAGGGAAGAAAAUUAAAAGAUCAUCAGGAAAAAAAAAUGUUAUAAAGUAGAACUACAUAUAAAUUUUCAGAAUUCAUGCGUUCAAAAUCUAGGACUUUGUUAUUCUGGCAUAGACUUUUAUCAAGAUGCUGUCGUCUCAAUUUUUCUUUAUGAAAGGAUCCUCCAAUUAGAAUUUUCUAUUUCAGAGCUGAUAUAAACUUAACGACUAUUUUGGGCAUUUGAAUCAUUUGAGAUUUUUGGUUUUAUGAUUUCUGUUCCAUAACUUGUGAAGACAAUGAAGAGUCAGGCAAAAAGUUCAGUAUCUACUCAUUACCUGUAUCUAUACCAUAUAGCUGUUAUUCAAUAAAAUGCUACGUAUUUUAUGGAUGCCUUAUCUCAAGGAAUAAUUCUGCUUUACUUAAACUUACACUUCUGCAAUGCCUUUUUGAUACUGUCUUAUCCUGAGCAAACAACUCAUGGGGGCAUAAAGUGAAAUCAUUUUCUUUGAAUGUAACAAAAUAAACAUGAUUAUAUCACAAUCCAGUUAAAAAUCUUUAAAGGGGAGGAAUCAGAGCAUGAAUCCGUCCAUUACCAAAAAUCUGACUGGCAUUUAAGGAUGAAACUCUUACGUAUUUAUCUACACGUACGUCAGACUUCACAAAUUUGGAAUCUGCUUUAACCGUUUUAACCAAGUUUAGUAAUUUUCAUCUAACAUAAUUUAACUUUGAAGUGUUGAUGAAGAUGAGUAAAUGUACGUGUAGAUAGUACCCAAUAACGUGCUCUUCCAGAAUGUUCUCCCCUAUACUGAGAGAGAUUCUGACCCAUGUUGCCUUGUGAUUUAAGAACACUUGUGAGCUCUGACCUUAAUCUAAGGUUAAUCGUGCUUUAUUUUUUAUGGGCUAACCUAUAAAUCUUGAACAUUAUUUGUCAUCUUAAUAACAAAGAACGUAUGUAAAGAAAGGCAAGCUCUCUUACAAAUGUUGAAAUAGCGUGUGGAAGCAGACCGUUACUGAUAGUAUAUACGUACAAGCUCACUAUGUUGAUUUUUUAAAAUAAAUUGAUCUGUUAAAAGUGGUAUCAAGAAUUAACCUCAGCAACUUGUUCAACAAAAAUAUUUUCUAAGGUAGCAUGUUCUUUAAAAAGCAAAUGAUGCCAUGUUUGAAAUCCUAAAGUCCAAAAAAUAUGCUCGAAACUUACUUUCUUCUCUCUUUACUCUCACUGUUAAAUUUCUAAGUUCAUCCAAUAAGGGAAAUACAUAGAGACUAAGAGGAAGUAUUACCUGGUACCAUGUAGUUGAUACUUUAUAAAACCCUAGAAGGCAUUAUUGGGCCCCACUCACAAUUUAGUAUUUUAAAAAUGUGUGGCUUCUGUCUGUCAUCCUUUUAAAUGAGUAAAACAUAAGAACAAGCAAAAACCCAAAGCAAGUUUCUGAAGUACAGAAUUUGAAUCCAAUUUCUCUGGAAAUGUUUUCACGAAAGGUCUUUCGGUCAACCUUUUAUGUUGCAUUUCCGAUGGUCUAGAAGUGUCCCUAAAGUUAGAAAGCAGCCUAUGGUUUCUGAAAAUUACGUUUUCCUAGAAUGGGCCGGAUCUUUUAUUUGUUCACUCUAAACUACUCAGUACCGUGUUCUUUCGUAUGCUUUGCUUCUGUUUAGAAGAAAAAUGUAAUAUAACGUUGAAAGAAUCCUGUAUCUCUUAAACUCGCCCAAGAUCAAAUUUGAUAUUGAAUAAUUUAUUCCAGGCAAGAUUUUAUAAACUAAAUCUCUUGAGUUUCUUUUCAUACACACUGUUUGGAAAUGUUACAGAUACUUAAAAUAAUCCCAACAGAAAUACUAAUUGAUUUUUUUUUUCUUAAAGACUGUUGCAGCUCUUAUUCUGCUUAAAGGAGUGGUAUUUACUAUUUGCUUGGGUCAGCUGUUAACAUAGGGGAGCGGUUCAGCUCCCUCAGUGCUCUUAGGAGAGUCACAGUGGAAACUGCAGAAAGCUGACAUGUUCGUAAAAGCUGAGUUAAGUCUCGGGCAGCAGCCUGCGAAGCCACAUGCAAUGAUCAAUCCCAUAAGGAAAGUAUGUGAAUGCUGCUUUUGCAAAGGAUUAAAUGUAUUAUUGUAAUUUUAGCUCGUGUUCUGUACUAUGCUUUCCGUGGAAUCAUUUAAGCCCUUUUAGUGACCGUUGUCCUUGCCCAUUAAGAAACUAAAAUGUAGUAUAUAUUGUAUAAAAUGAAAAUACCAUUAUAGCUUCAUUAGGGAAGUUGUACAUAGACAUUGAAAGAAGGGUUAAAAACGAUUUUAUUAUGCAAUUGUAAAACACCAAAAAUACAGAUUCAUCUUUGAUAUGUAACACACUAAAUGUAUUUUGUACAGCAUCUGGUUUAAAAGGUGCCUUAUUAAGUUUACCAUUAAUUGCUUUGUUCUAUAUAUAGAUUACAUCCAGUGUAUCAUUUUUAAGUAAAUAACCUUAUUUUAGUAUACUUUA